AUGGCUUCUGGGACAACAUGUUGUUUGAAACUAGCAACACUUUGUUCAGUUCUUGCUUUUAUGAUCUAUGUUGGAGGAUUUGCCAGCCCUUUUUGGUCUUCUUUCACAGUUUCAGCGGAUGUUUUUAUCGUUGAAGUUGAUGGCAGACAGCUCUCUGGUUUAUGGACGGAUUGUGGCUGUGUCACCCUGGUUGGAUGCAUUUGUUUCCCUAAAAUAUAUAAUCCAGGAUGGCUAACAGGGGUUCGAGCCAUGUUAACACUAGGUUUACUCGGAUUGCUGCUCUCGGCCAUGAUUUCUAUCGGCAUAGCAUGCUGUUGUGGUACGGGGAAAAUAAUGAGAGGUUUCAACAUAUUUUGUACUGGGGUUUCAGGUAUUUUCAUCGCCACUGGCGCAUUAGUUUUUGCCAUAAACAAUGCCAAGGACUUUCAAAAUAUGUUCAGUUUCAUUAAGUCGCUUCCGCUUGACUUGGACACCUAUGGCAGUCUAUCUUUUAGUUUCAUUGCUUGUGCCAUCGCUGGAGGUCUUUGCCUUGUUGUUUGCAUCCCCCUGUUGGUGUAUGACUAUCGUAAUCCAAUCCCACAAGGUGUACAAAGUGUCAGCAUGCCAUUGCAGUUUGCAACACAAGGUCACUUGAGUUUUGCUCCGCCAGGACAUACAUAUGCUUUUGUCAACCCUUUGCGUCAAAAUCAGUUUGGCUACAUGCCAUUAUAUGCCGAUGCGCAACCUGACAACAUACCACCGGGUCAGAUUAUGCAUGUAGCACCUGAAUACACACCGCAAACUGGCUACAUGCAACAAGGUCAGGUUAUGCAUGGAGCACCUGAAUAUACACCGCAGAUUCAGCCCAGUGUUUCGCAAAAUCCACACCAGGAGCAGGAUGUUCCAAACAUAUCAUCAAUAAUUUAA